UUCUCAUCUUCUUCACUUCACUUUUAGCUGCUGUCUCUGACACGGCCGGCUGAAGCGAUCGCGAUGAACACUGCGCUUUUGUUUACUUUACUGUCCGCGGCUUCGGCUUUUCAUCUGUCUGCACGAGACGAGUUUCACUUCAAGUCAUGGAUGGGAACGCACAACAAGUUGUACAGCGUGAAGGAGUACUAUGAGAGACUCCAGAUAUUCACUGAGAACAAGAGGAGGAUCGACAAACACAAUGAAGGAAAUCACUCGUUCACAAUGGGGCUGAACCAGUUUUCAGACAUGACUUUUAGUGAAUUUCGAAAGUCUUUCCUCUGGUCUGAGCCACAGAACUGCUCUGCUACCAAGGGGAAUUACCUCAGCAGCAACGGACCAUAUCCAGACUCCAUCGACUGGAGAAAGAAGGGAAAUUAUGUGACAGAUGUGAAAAAUCAGGGAGGUUGUGGUAGUUGCUGGACUUUUUCAACAACCGGCUGUUUGGAGUCUGUUACAGCUAUCAAGACUGGGAAACUCAUACCACUGUCUGAACAACAGCUGGUAGACUGCGCCCAGGACUUCAACAACCAUGGAUGUAGCGGCGGCCUUCCCAGUCAAGCAUUCGAAUACAUCAUGUACAACAAGGGACUGAUGACAGAGAUGGACUACCCAUACACAGCUUAUGAGGGUGCUUGUUCGUAUAAACCUGAACUGGCGGCAGCUUAUGUGAAAGAUGUGGUGAACAUAACAGCGUACAAUGAGAUGGAGAUGGUGGAUGCGGUCGCCACACGCAAUCCUGUCAGUUUUGCCUUUGAAGUGACCUCUGACUUCAUGCAUUACUCAAAGGGCGUGUACACCAGCACUGAAUGCCACAACACCACAGACAUGGUGAACCAUGCAGUGUUAGCAGUCGGGUAUGGACAGGAGAAUGGCACCCCUUACUGGAUAGUAAAGAACUCAUGGGGAUCCAGCUGGGGGAUUGAUGGAUAUUUCCUCAUUAAACGUGGGAAGAACAUGUGUGGACUUGCUGCCUGCUCAUCUUUCCCGGAGGUGUGAUUUUCCCAUGAUGGCAAACUACAAAAGGGCUGAAAAGGCAGCAGAAUACUAACUUUUUUUUAAUCAUACAGGUUAAUUUUUAAAUAAAGACUAGCCUACUGUGUAACCAUGUACAGUGGUGUUUUGCACAAUGGAGUAAACACUAUGAUAGAAUAGACAAGGUAAUUUCCUGAUAUAUCACUAAAUCUGAAAUGAUCACUUCUUCGUUGUAGUUAAAUUUACAAAUAAAAUAUAUAUAAUCCAUUUGUUUGAGUCUUCCAUCACAAUACAUUGCAGCUGUCUGCAAGAUGCGCAAAUAUGAGGGCUAUAGUAAGAAUAAUUGAAGAUGGUAUGAUGAUGUGUUGCUGUCUAUGAUUACACAAAACAACCCUAGAACAAGAAAGAGAGUGCACACAUUAACAAAAACGUUGUAACCCACUGUGACAUGUAAGAUUAGUUGAACUGCAAACACAAAAUACAUUUUAAUUGAGCUUCUAAUUUCGUUGUAAAUAAUUGUUGCAUAUUGAUUGUAUAGCGUAAAUAAUGUGUUAAUACUUAAAACUCUUCGUAGAAUGUUAAUUGUAUAUCGAUCACAUAUACUGUGUUUUCAGUGUAUAUAUAUACAUCUACGUUGAAUGUUACUGAUUCUACAAUACUGCAUCUGUUCUCUAACAUUCCCCUGUGCUGCUAUGUCAACCUGAAUUUCCUCUACGGGGGAUUAAUAAAGUUAUAUCUUAUCUCA